GGAGCAGAGGGUCUCCACACUCAGGACCUUGAGACGCCGGGCUUGGACCAGAACUAGGGCGGGACCAGACUGGGGCUGUCCCUUUUUCAAGCUAAAGGGGAUGUACAUGCAGGUCACCUUGCCUGGUUCGGAGCUGAGCUGCCGUGACCCUCUUUCCCUUGCCCGGUGUGAGCUUCUGGAGGCCACUGAGGCAGAGCCAGAGGCGCCAGCUGCAGAGCUCCAGCCGGCCGCAGAAGCAGGGCAGUGGACAGUGGUGGAGGUAGAGCUGGCUCCAGCUCCGUCAAUACCACCCCCUCUAGCGCUGGAGCCAGCGUCCCCUCCCUCAGCAGUGUUGGAGCUGGAGCAAGGGCCCACGUCGGCUCCAGCAGGAGUGGGAGCUGCUGAGCUGGAGUCACCUGGACCAUCACUUCUAGUGGGAAGUCCAUCUCCACCUGUGGCCAUUAAGGAGGGUGAGAAGAAGCCUAACCUCACGGCCUUCCCUCCUAAGCUUGUGGUGGAGCAGUUGACCGUGAUGGAUGCGGAGCUCUUCCGGAAGGUGGUGCCCUCUCAGUGCCUGGGCUCCACCUGGGGCAAGAGGAACAAGCCCGGCAAUGAGCACCUGGCACCCACCGUCCAGGCCACCGUCGACCACUUCAGAAGGGUGGUCAGCCUUGUCAUCACCACCUGCCUCGGGGACCCGAGCAUGAUGGCCCAGGACAGGGAGUGCGAGAUCCUGAAGAACUUCUCCUCGCUCCGCGCUGUCAUCUCUGCUCUGCAGAAAACCUCCAUAAGCCACCUGAAGAACACGUGGGCGGAUGUUUCCCGGAGGGGCCCUCCACGUUUGCCCCCCCGGAGAUCAUCCCCCAGAGAGUGCAGGAGAAACAGCAGCAGCAGCAGGGUGUCGUCCCCUAUCUUGGCACUUUCCUCGGUGACCUGCUGAUGCUGCACCUGGCGAUGGGUGAUUAUCUCGAGGGGAAUGAGAUCAACC